CAAGAGACCUUUAUCAAAGACAGUACAGUGUGAAGAUAGGCAGAAACUGCCUCUGCGAUAGAAAUCCCCGAGAACACUUGUAGGCGAUGUCAUGGCUACGUUGGCUAGUUAAACUCAUGCUUAGAAACACGUCGGCGGGUGUAAUGGUCGUGUCAUGCCGAAAUGCGAACGUCAAAUCAGGCAUUCCUUAAAGUUGUUUUUGACGAACAUGAAAACGUGACAGUUUGCGAUGUUGCGUCUCUGGGUUUAGAAACUCUGUGCCUUCAUGCUACGGUUAUGAGGCUCCGCUGGUCCGGGGGCGUGCUGCUGUCGGUGGCGGCUGCCUACUACGUCUAUACUCCGUUACCGAGUGCGGUGAGCGAGCCCUGGAAGCUCAUUCUGCUGGACGCGCUGUUCCGGAGCUUCAUACAUGCGGUAGGACUGACUGGGUGAUGCGGCGCAAGCUCUAGGGUUGUGUCACAGUGUCCAUAUGUUGAACUCUGUGGUGUCUCGGUUGGAGGUGAUUGAGCCAUGGUCUAGUCCUACUGUACGUGUCACUGACUCUGCCUUGGGGGGCGUACCCGCACGAGUGUUCCAGCCAGUUGGAGGAGGAGCCAAGCUCAGGAGGGGAGUGCUUUACUUCCAUGGUGGGGGAUGGGCCCUUGGCAGCGGACGAAUGAGAUCUUAUGACCUGCUGUGUAGGAGGAUGGCUGAAGAGCUGGAUACAGUCGUUGUGUCGGUUGAUUACCGCUUGGCCCCUGAUUCAGUGUUUCCAGACCAGUACCAUGAUGCUCUAGCAGCGUCCAGGGCCUUCCUGUCCCCAGAGGUCUUGCAGCACUUUGGGGUCAACCCAGCCAGGGUGGGGGUGUCUGGAGACAGCUCUGGGGGGAACCUUGCUGCAGCCGUGGCCCAGCGGAUUUCUGCAGAUGACAGUAUGAGUGUGAAGUUCAGUAUCCAGGCGUUGAUCUACCCAGUCCUCCAGGCUCUAGACCUGAACACCCCGUCCUACCAACAGAACCACAACGUACCCAUCCUGCACCGACACCUCAUGGCCAGGUUCUGGCUGAUUUACCUGGGGGCUGAUCCCUCUCUCCUCCCUCAUCUCCUCUCCUCCCCCUCCUCCCUCCUUCAUCCCUCCAUCUCUCCUUCCAUCCGUUCUCAUCUCAACUGGACCUCCCUGCUCGCGGCCAAACACCAAAAGCAUUACCUGCCCGUUGGCAUAGAGACUGGGUCGCGGGAGGUCACGGGGAUAGUGCCGGGGUUGGUGGAUGUGCGAGCGGCGCCGUUGCUUGCAGAACAGGGGAUUCUGGGUAGAACGCCGCGAGCGUACGUGAUGACGUGUGAGUUCGAUGUUCUGAGGGACGAUGGGUUGAUGUACGCCAGGAGACUACAGGACGCGGGCGUCACGGUUACCAGUGUUCACUAUGACGACGGUUUCCACGGCUGCAUGGUCUUCUCCUUUUGGCCGUUUUUGUCCUCCGUUGGCCAGAGGAGUCUGGACAACUACAUCCAGUGGCUAGACCACAACCUCUAGAACAGCCAUACUCAACAGGCGGACCGCGGUCUGGAAUCGGACCCAGAAUAGGGUCGAUACGGACAGUGUGUUUAAAAUCUAUUUUUUAAGAAAUCAAUCAGGCUUUUAACUUACUGCUGUUGAGUAGUUAUCAUGGGCAGGGGACUCGACCCCAAGGGGGCCCCCAUGGAUUUUGUUGAAUCACUCAGGUAUCAUAUGAACACACAUAAGAAGACAUGGCAAAAUGUGUAGAAUUGCAGGAAAUUUGCUUUAAAACUGCAACAGUUUUUUUUGCCCCAUGUCAAAAUGUGGGGAAUUACAGAAAAUUUGCUUUAAAACUGCUACGUUUUGUCUCCGCCAGCAGAAGGGGUGUGAAUUGUUUGAACAGUUUAGAGUUACAUGCGUUGCGAAGGGCGGGUUUGUUACUACGCCGACAGAUGACAAUACCCAUCCGGACCUUUGCCACUUAGGAAAUUUGUGUGACCAGACCAUCUAAAAUAGUAGUCUAGACCACGACAGAACCCUAUGGAACCCAAGUUAUGUUGAGAAUCAAAACUAUAGGAUCACAACCUAGAACCCAAUAGGAGCACCACUAGGACUAAAAUGUCCAGGCAACCAGACAACCACACCUCCCAUGCCUCUUUCCUUUUGACUACCUAGCUGAUCCUGUGGUUGUUCAAUGUAAAGACCGUGAACUGUCAGCUGUCUAUGGAAACUGAUUUAAAGCUUUGAAUGCUAACAGUCUGAUACACUGAAAGACUGACCAACAUACACAUCUGUGUGGAAUCUCUGGGUUGUGCAAUAAUAUGUUGUAUUUAUUUAUUUGACCAUUCCAAGCUUAGAGAAGCAGGCAGAAGAGGGCCAAAAACAGACCUCACCACAUGUUUUAACUACAGCCCCCGAGGAACAGUGUUUUACCAGGGUAUAGGACCACUAAGAGAGAAUCUGACACGGCAUGAGACCAGACAGGCUGAAAAGUAUUUUUUAUAGAUAUUAUUUUAGAAAUGAAGUAACUCACUGGGCAAAAGAUGAAUCAACAUUUUUUCCACUUAAAAAAAAUGUGAUGAAAACUGAUUGGAUUUGCAAAAAGUCAUUAACCUAAGGGAAUUUUGUCAUUUUUUUCACACAACUUUUGACCUAAAUCCAAUGACAUGGUGAAAUUGUUUGUUGAUUUCACGUUGAAUUUACGUUAUUGACAACUCAACCAAAUGUAAAUCAAACCUACACGUUGAAAUGACGUCUGUGCCCAGUGUGAAGAUAUGUUAUGUGCAGAGAGAACAUUGACCAUAGAACACGUGUGUUUUUUUAGUAUAAGGAAUAUUGUCUGUUCUAAAUCCAUCAAAGGAUCAGGUGUUUGUGUUAUGUGAAGAUAUAAAGCCAUGUGAACCAGGAAUUCCAGGUAUUCCAAAUGGGCUUUUAUUUUAGAAAGAUCUGUCCUCUUUUCUCACACAAUGUACGUAGCUAUUGGUUUGGCGUAUUAUGUUGAUGUGUUUUCAUUUUGCCUGAUAUUUGUUGACCACUCGGACAUUUCAAUGUACUUUAGGCCUGGCCAAAGUCAUACAUUUAGACAUAUGGCUCUGGGCCUGGCUAUUGACCCUGGGUGUAAUACCACUACUAGACAGAUGGUGACACUGUUGUGCCCUACAGAUUAGAAAACCCCUUCCAAGAAUCAACUGACUGUAAACUGGUAGGGAACAAAGGCCUCCGUUUGAGCUUCAAAACUGUGAAGUUUUAUAUUAUCACUGGAGAGAAUUUAAACUAAUGAAUAUAUGUACAUAAAAUAUAUAUUUUAUCUGA